GGCAUGGCGACCGCAAACAGCACGGCGAGCCGCAGGGACACUGGACGACCCUGCUCUUUCUCCAUCGAGCACAUCCUCUCCAGCCUGCCCGAGCGCAGGCCCUCGGUGCGGCCACCGCAGCCUGUCGGUGGCCGGAACCCGGCUGACCUCGACGAGCCCGAGACGUCCGCCGCCUCUGCGCCUUGCUCCUGCUGUUGCUGCUGCGGUCCUCGCCCCGCGCCCCGCGGAGCCCCGGAGGCGGCGUCCGGGCCCGGCGUGCGGCUAGCGUGGCCGCUGAGGCUGGCGCCCGCGUCACCCUCCCCUUUGACAGCGCCGAGCGCAGGCUCCCAGGCGCUGACCAGCACUAGCGGCUCCGGCCCGCAGCGGCGCACGCGGCGCCAUCGCACCAUCUUCAGCGAGGAGCAGCUGCAGGCGCUCGAGGCGCUUUUCGUACAGAACCAGUAUCCCGACGUGGGCACGCGCGAACGCUUGGCGGUCCGCAUCCGCCUGCGGGAGGAGCGCGUGGAGGUCUGGUUCAAGAACCGUCGGGCCAAGUGGCGACACCAAAAGCGUGCUUCCUGCUCGAGGCUCCUGCCUGGGGCCAAGAAACCUCCCAAGGAGAGCUGUUGA